AUGUUCGAGGCUCCACGGAAUUUGACUUUCGUUGACGGUUCCCCAAACAGGGACGACCUGAAUGAGCCCUCGGGAAGCGGGGGGAUCUAUUCCAGAUCCGAUGACCUGGAAAAGCAGGCCCGUUCUCCUUACUCCAACCCUUUGGCUGGGAGCACCAAUGUAUCUAUUGCAGACACCUUGAACGACGAAGCCGAAAGCCCUGCUCCGUCUAAAAGAUCAAAGCUCGGGAAAUAUUUUCUUUCCGAUAUUGAUCGAAACUGGACGGAGGCUAUUCUUAUAUCGUGUGGCUUUGUGAGUGGUCUCAUUGAUGGUCUUUCAUUUACAUUCUGGAGCAGUUUCUCCAGCAUGCAAACAGGAAACAUAAUUAACCUCGCCCUCGGCGUCUGCGGCAACCUACACCACCAAGACAAACUCUGGGUCAAAGCCCUAAUUGCCGUUGGUGCCUUCCUCCUUGGUACCUUCUGCUUCGUCGCCGGCUCCUGGAUGCUCGGUCCCGUGCGCCGCAUAACAAUGAUCUCAUCCUUUGCCCUCCAAACAAUCCUCAUCAUGGCCGCCGCCAUCCUCGCCCACACAGACGCCAUAGGCGAAACACCAUCCGGUGACCCUACUCGCUGGCUACAAGACGUCGCCAUCGCACUACUAGCCUUCCAAGCUGCUGGGCAGAUUCUGGCGUCGAAGUUCUUAGGGUUUCCCGAGAUCAUUACUGUUGCAUUGUCGGCGGUUAUGUGCGAUAUUUUUCUUGAUAAGAAGCUAUUUCAUGGGUGGAGGGAGAACCCGAAGAGGAAUCGGAAGAUGGGCUUCGUGCUUGCGCUGUUCCUUGGGGCUAUGACUGGCGGUGGGAUGGCAAGGCACCAUGGGCUGGCUGCUGGGUUGUGGCUUGCCAUGGCGUUAAAGGGGGCAAUUACGGUGGCGUGGUGUUUGUGGCCUGAGUGUCCGCCGCCUGUGGAGGAGGAAGAGGAGAAGGGGAAGGAGGUGCCCAAUUCCACGUUGUCGUCCUUUUACUCCCCCGUCUCUCCCUCACCUCCAGCGGUGUCUUCCACCGACCUUUCCGGCGCGUUUGACGAGGCCUACGACGUUUACGACCCUGCCACGACCUUCACGACUGAUUCACGACAACGCCAGCAGCAGGCUGCUUCGCGUCCUGCUUCUACUGUUCUUGCUUCUCAAGACCCGCUUCUCCGUCGCUCGUCGAGUGUCGUCUCAGACAGCUCCCGCACGUUACGGAGGUCUCCUCGCUCGUCGGACAUUCACCAGCUGCAGCUCCAGCAGCAGCUACAACAACAGCGUCUGUCCCACCGGAGAGCACUGUCUGUCGAUGCGUCCGGUCACCAUCAGUACAUAGAGCAAUCGAUCCCCGUCUCUGUUUAUCCCGCGCCUCUUGCUCCGACAAGCAGAAACGCAAACGCGCCUCCGCCUCCGCCUCCGCGCCCAGCACUCUCAGAAGCGCAGUCCGAAGACGACUAUUCCGUUAUCGACGACUCCUACGAGCGAUUGGACGACCCCGAUUGGCCUCGCCGAUCUACGCACGUCUCGCCAACUACCGCAUCUGCCGUCCUGUGGACCCUCGAGGAAGCCUUUCGCAAACCAUUUCCCUUUACUACCGAUUGGGACGAAGUGAACUCACCCAUGUCCGACUUGGUUGGUGUAGCCCCCGCGGCCACCGCGCUAGGUGGUGCAGGUGCUGCAAGUCAUGGUCGGGUACAGAAUGGUGCACCCCGCGCCGUGCCGGCCAAUACGAACCCAUCCAGCGGUGUGCGAACACCUACGGAUAUCAUGAGACAGCGUCGGGAACGAGAAGGUCGUCGCAAAGCAGAACAAGAAGCAAGAGAUCGAGAGCAGCAGCAGGAACCGCAGCCGCAGCCGCAAUCCCCUGCGCAACAGCAACCCUACGCUGCUGGCGUUGAUCGAAUGUCGCAACGUCGACCUACUACUUCGGCCGGGACUGGUCACCGUAGGACUGGGAGUCAGCCUGGACCACCUCCGUCGUCUGCUCAGCCGAUUCCUGGUUCGCAACCAAAGCCGCAGCAGCCUGGUGCUACCAAGCCAGCAGAUGCUUCCCAGGAACCUCGCCGUGUGGCUUUCCCGCACGCGUUUGAACGCUGGGAAACAUUGUCCUCCCAUUGGGAAGGGCUGACCGGUUACUGGAUCCGCAAGCUGGAGCAAAACAACGAAGCCUUGGAGCGCGAUCCUUUGAGCCAACAGAUGGCCCGCCAAGUCACAGACCUGUCUGCCGCCGGCGCCAACCUCUUCCACGCGGUGGUAGAACUGCAACGCCUACGAGCCUCCUCCGAGCGCAAAUUUCAACGCUGGUUUUUCGACACCCGCGCCGAACAAGAACGCGCCAAAGAACUCCAAGCCGAACUAGAACGCCAAAUCCAAACCGAGCGCCAGGCCCGUGCAGAAGCAGUCGCCUCCUAUCAAAAAGCCGAAUCCGACAAGAGACGAUUCGACGACUUAGUCAAGGAAAUGCGCCGCGAGCUCCAAAUCUCCAAAGACGAAGCCCGUCGCGCCUGGGAAGAGCUCGGCCGUCGUGAACAAGAAGAACGCGAUCGAACAUCCUCCCUGCGCAACGGCGAACCAACCCUCGUCGGUGGCGUCCAAGUUGUCCCUAUGAUCCCCAGUCGCCAACAACCCAUCAACUACUCAUCGACGGAAGAAAACGAGGACCGCUACGCGCGUGACGCAGCUAUGAAAACGUCUGACACAGGCGAAGCCCAGUACUACGAUGACCAACCAACCUCGCCAACAGGAAGCGACCCUUUCUCUGAAACCGUGCGCAAAACCGAUCCCGCGUCAACAACCCCAGCUUCUCAGCCCCAACCUUCGUACCCGGGCCAUUUUUACCGUCCUGAAAACGCAACCGUCCCAGGCCAUACCCGCGCAACCUCCGACCCCGAGUACGGUCAGAGCGUGGAGGGCAGCGAGCUCGGCGACGAGGAAUACACACACUACCCCCGUGACCCUCAAGGCCGUCCGAUCGUCUACCCAGGAACCAUGUCCGAAGAAAGCGACGACUUCGAUCCAGAAGACAUCGGCCCGGAGGGCAGCUACGUCCCCAGCACUUCUGCCUCUCCUUCCGCACCUACAACCUCUGCGCCGGUGUACAAUUACCCCCCGACAUCUGGAGGCUGGGGCUGGGACUCGGUUACACCCCGUCAUCGCCAUCCCACGCGUCUUAGCGAUGUGAUGGAAGAAGACGAGCCGAGGACGACGCCUAGUCGUGCUAGUCGGAAUAGUCGGAAUAGUCGGGCUAGUCACUAA